AUGCCAGACUACUGGUCGGACGAUGCGCUCCACUCCAUCAGGGCAGAACUCUCCCGGAUCGGGAGCAACAUGCUCACUAAAGCGGACACCGGGGCCCUAGUGCGGGAAAUACGGGAGGAGGUCUGGGAGGACCUACUGAGCCUCUGCACAGAUCUCACAGCCCUGGAAGCGAGAAUGGACUCAGUGGAGGCGGAGGCGCGAAUCUGCUGCCAGCAACAUCGGGCGGCAGAGACGGCGGCUACCUGGCAAGGGAACAUGCUGCUGAUACUAAGGCGCCAGGUGGGGGACCUAGAGAACCGCAGCAGGAGGCACAAUAUUCGAAUCCGAGGCCUCCCAGAGCCAGACACAGAACCCCUGGCAGUCUCCCUGUUGCAACUUUUCCGCCAGAUCCUUGGCCUGGACGCACCGCCUGACAUCCGCCUCGACCGGGCCCACCGAGCACUGGGGCAGGCCAGACCGGACGGCAGACCCAGGGACGUGGUGUGCUGCUUCCAUUCCUUCCCGCUAAAGGAGCAGGUCAUGACAGCGGCCCGGAAAAUGCUGACCAUCAAAUUUCAAGGAGCGGACCUGGCACUCUUCCAAGACCACUCAGGCCUCACGCUGGACGCCAGAAGGGCACUGCGGCCCAUCACCACUGCUCUUCGUGAUAAGGGGAUACCCUAUAAAUGGGGGUUCCCCUUCAGCCUCCAGGCACGGCAGGGCUCCACCUGGCACACUCUCAGGAUGCCUGAUGACACCCCGAGAUUCCUCUGGGCGCUCCACCUUCCACCCACGAGAAUCUGCAACUGGCUCCUGGAGGAGCCCACGGGUCCCAGAAGGGGAGAGGACGCGGGCCUGCAGCCCUCCACCACCAGCCUGAGCCGGAUGUCUCCGCCGCGACGCUGGGGAGGACCAGCGGGAGCAGAGGAGUGA